AUAACAAAAGCAGCAGCAUUCCCUUUGAAGUUGAAUCACAGAAUUGAAAACAAAAGAAAUGUCAUUACACUUGCACUUCUUCACCCAUCACUGCCACUUCCCAUCUCUCCCAAAUCCCUCACUUCCAAAGUUUCACUCUCUUUCAGCCUCCUGCAGGCUAAAGAAUGGUGUGGUGUCCCGGCCCGCGACCCGAAGGCGCCUCAUUUCAUCAACCAAGACUGCCUUCCACCCUACAAUAUCAGCCUCUCUUGAUUUGACAGAAGACAAUAUCAAGCAGGUCUUGGUUGAUGCCCGGACAGAGCUGGCUCAACUGUUUGAUACUGAAGUGGGGAUAACAGGGAGAGUAGAAUUGGCAGAAGUUGAUGGACCAUAUGUGAAGAUCAGUCUGAGUGGCAAGUUUUGGCACAAACGUUCUACUGUUUUAGCUAGGCUUGGCAAUUACUUGAAGCAAAGAAUCCCUGAAAUCCUGGAGGUUGAUAUAGAAGAUGAGAAGCAGUUGGAUGAUAGCCCUGCAAGCUUCUGAUCUGAGGCUCUGAUCUUCAACCUAAUUCUUUUAAUUUGCCCUUCUAUACAAUAUUGGCCAAGGCCAUCAAAAAUACCAAGGCAUUAGUACUUUCAUAGUAUUACUUCUAUUAUUGUUUUUAACGUUGCGUUUUGCGCUUGUGUAUAAAAUCUUAUGAAACUAUAGCUUACUUUUGGAUUGCAAGCUCACAUCGAAUUAUCUUAUAAACAUAAAUAUAAAUAAAA